AUGGAAAGAGGAAACCAUACAAGGGUGUCUGAGUUUAUCCUCUUAGGCCUCUCCAGCGAGCCAGAGAAGCAGGGCCUGAUCUUCUGGGUCUUCCUUGUCGUGUACCUGGUUGGAGCAGCGGGGAACUUGCUCAUCAUCCUGGCCAUUGGCUUAGACUCCCAUCUCCACACGCCCGUGUACUUCUUCCUCAGCAACCUCUCGCUGGUGGAUUUCUGCUUCAUCUCUUCCACAGUACCCAAGAUGCUCUUGAACAUCCAGAUGCAGAUGCAAUCCAUCUCUUACGGUGGCUGCCUAGCACAGAUCUACUUCUGCAUCUUAUUUGCCAACAUGGACAACUUCCUCCUGGCAGGAAUGGCUUAUGACCGUUACGUGGCCAUCUGCCACCCCCUGCACUAUUCCACCAGGAUGAGCCUCCAAACGUGCGCGCUCAUAGUGGGGAGCUCCUGGCUCGUGGCUAACUUCCACUCCCUGCUGCACACCCUCCUCAUGGCCCGACUAGACUUCUGUGCGAACAAUGUCAUGCCUUACUUCUUCUGCGACCUUGUCCCCCUGCUCCAGCUGUCCUGUACCAACACCCAACUCAACCAGCUCAUGAUUCUGCUGGUGGGGGGCUUGAUUGUCCUCAUUCCUUUCCUUGGCAUUCUCGUCUCCUAUGUCCACAUUGUGUCUGCUGUGCUCAAAGUCCCUUCUGCCAAGGGCAAGCAAAAGGCCUUUUCCACAUGUGGCUCCCACCUCACUGUCGUCAUUCUCUUCUAUGGUACCAUCACAGGGGUCUACCUGAGUCCCUCCUCUUCUCACUCAGCCAAGAAGGAUUCCCUGGCGUCGGUCAUGUACAUGGUGGUGACACCCAUGCUGAAUCCCUUCAUCUACUGCCUGAGGAACAAGGACAUCAAGGGUGCUCUAAGGAAAUUGUUCAGCCUGCAGGCUUUAUCUCACAGGCUGUGA